GCGCCAUGAAGCUGCAGGCAGGCACCUGCUUGCAUCUCUUAACACCAGCACCUGCACAGCACCGACUGACGAUUUAUCCAUCAGCACCAUCGUACACGCACACGGACAUUCAGACGCAUCCUUUAUGGAGCUGAAGUAACAAACAGCAGCACUCUGCACGUCUCCGGCCAUGCCACGACAGCUUCCCUGGAAAGUUGAAUCAACCCAGAAAAAGUCCAGCGGGAGAAGCGUUGCCGUGAGGGGUGGGGUAGCUCAAUCGACAUCUACUGCUGCUCCCGACUCAGAACCCAGCGCAUCCUCACCCUCGGCUCGGAACGCACAAUCAUCAAGCAAGGCGACGCUGAAGUCGAACACGGGCGCAGAUGGGCUCAAUAUUUUAUCUAGCAAAACAGCACGAGACUCAGACACAAGUCGUCGUCCACAUCUGUCCCGGUUCCCAUCGACAUCGCCGCCGCCUGAGCCUCUGAGAGAGGAGUUCAUGAUUGAAGGCCCCCGCUACGAUGACAGGUAUCGCAUGGUGGAGGAUGAGUUUCUCGCCGUGGCCGGCGAGUUCACCCGUCAUUUGCACGCCGCCGAAUACCAGCGCCUCAAGAGCCUUGCCAGCUCCAAGAAUGCCGAGACAAUUGAUAACAUCUCACGUCCUGUCACUGGCGCACCAACGGAUGCUGUGAGGCAAAGGCAUGCCAGACUCGAGACAGCGGCCAGGCAACAGAAAGGGUUAACCAAGGUCUUGGGGAAACGGGUUGACCACGACUCGGACUCUGGAGACAAGCCAUGGACAGGCACCUCGCUGCAGGGCCUGAUGGAUAGCCCGAGGAAGAAGAAGGUCCCAUUAAAUCGCUCAUUGAGUUCCUUAAGCGCUCCAGCCCCUGGAUUCUGUCAGAAAGCACGGUUGAGUGGAUUGAUUCAACGAUAAAAUGGGUAAAUCUCUAUAUUAUUCCGAGCUGCAAGACGGCCGAGUCCGUCGCUGGAUCGGGCCGUACGUAUGCAAGGGAGAGUAGGCAAUCGAAAGCCACCAAGUGAAGACGAGGGCGACGACAACGAAGAUGAUGACUCGGCUUUGGAUGGGCACACGGCGUGGUCCCCAAAGCUCCAUAGGGCUCGAGUUACCGAAAUGUCGUCAGUCUCAACGCUCUCUGCCCGGAAUACCACCGAAAGUAGACCGUCUCAGACACCGGCGCAUGCUUCGCGUGCCUCCAGUGAUCAAG